AAAAGUCUUCCGGUCGGGGAAAACGAUUACGGAUUUAAUGACACGCUCACGCGCGCACGCGGGCUCGCGCGCAGCUGAAAAAUAAUGAUAAAGACGUCGUGUCGUACGCGACUCCGUCGGCGGCCGACCUGCACCGCUCGCGAGUCUGACGCGCCCGCCCCCGUCGCGGAGAGGUCUCGAAGGGCGUGCGCGCGGCGGCUUAUAGAUCGGCGGGCCGGAGCGCUCCUCGCCGUCAGCUCCGCUCGGCGCGCCCGGCGCGGUCUCUCGUCGUCACACUGUGUGCAGUACGCACAGCAUCCGCGACCCGACGAGCCGUCGUCCACCAGCGGCGAGGACGAUUAUCUCUAUCGAUUCAGUCGACCGCCGCCGAGGUAAACGCGAUGCCGUCGAUCGACCCCUACGCUGGCGACGGCGACGACUGUCACAACAACAACAAUAACAGCGUCAAAAAGUUCCGGGCACGACGCCGCCGCCGGGGUUGCGCUCAGCUGACGUCGUCGCUGCCGCUGCUGUUGCUGUCGGCCGUCGGGUGUCUGUGCAACCCGGACGCCAAACGACUGUACGACGAUCUGCUCAGCAACUACAACCGUCUCAUCCGACCGGUCAGCAACAACACCGACACCGUCCUGGUCAAGUUGGGCCUCAGGCUGUCGCAGCUCAUCGAGUUGAAUCUCAAGGAUCAAAUUUUAACGACGAACGUAUGGUUGGAACACGAAUGGGCGGAUCACAAAUUUAUAUGGGAACCACUAGAAUAUGGAGGUGUCAAAGAGCUUUACGUGCCAUCUGAACAUAUUUGGUUGCCGGAUAUCGUUCUUUAUAAUAAUGCUGAUGGCGAGUAUGUGGUCACUACUAUGACAAAAGCAGUGCUUCAUUACUCAGGUAAAGUAAUGUGGACACCACCAGCCAUCUUCAAAUCAUCGUGUGAAAUCGAUGUUCGCUAUUUUCCAUUUGAUCAACAAACAUGUUUUAUGAAAUUUGGCUCCUGGUCAUAUGAUGGAAACCAGAUAAACCUCAAGCACAUCGGCCAGCUGGUUGGAACUAACAAAGUAGACGUGGGCAUCGAUCUAUCCGCGUACUACCCAAGCGUGGAAUGGGACAUUCUCGGUGUGCCGGCAGAGAGACACGAAAAGUACUACUCUUGUUGCGCCGAACCUUACAUCGACAUAUUCUUCAAUAUAACUCUGAGGCGGAGGACUCUGUUCUACACCGUCAACUUGAUUGUGCCCUGCGUGGGUAUAUCUUACCUGUCAGUGCUAGUGUUCUAUUUACCCGCCGAUUCCAAGGAGAAGAUUUCACUGUGCAUCACGAUCCUCCUCUCCCAAACCAUGUUUUUCUUGCUCAUAUCCGAAAUCAUUCCGUCGACGUCACUGUCGUUGCCACUGCUUGGCAAAUACCUAUUAUUCACUAUGCUUUUAGUUGCUUUGUGCGUAGUCGUAACCAUAAUCAUCAUCAAUAUACAUUACAGGCAACCGAGUACGCACAAAAUACCUUCAUGGAUGAGGACGGUGUUCAUCAGAGCACUGCCGAAAAUGUUACUCAUGAGAGUACCCGAACAGCUUUUGGCAGAUUCAGCACUGAAACAGAAACAUAUGAAGACUUGCAAAAAAUUAAACCUUAAUUUGGCCAGGUUAAACGCGGCCAGCGUGGGAGCUACGUUGAACGUUCCUCCGGCGCCCGCCGGUUCACCGCCCGCCGGCCACCGUUCGCCCACCGAAUCGCUGUGCCGGUUCGCGGGGGCCACCGGGCGAACCGGUUGCAACGGGACGGCCGCGGCCGGGGCGGCCAGCCGGCUGAUGCACGUGGCCGUGUCGUCCAUCGACGACGCGCUCAACGAUGUGCCGGCCGCCAUCAGGAAGAAGUAUCCGUUCGAGCUGGAGAAAGCAAUCCACAACGUCAAGUUCAUACAGCACCACUUGCAGCGCCAGGACGAAUACAACACGGAAGAUCAAGACUGGGGUUUCGUCGCUAUGGUGCUUGAUCGGUUAUUUUUAUGGAUAUUCACGGUUGCCUCCAUUAUGGGUACAAUUCUUAUCCUGUGUGAAGCACCGGCGCUCUACGACGACACGAAGCCAAUUGAUCGGGACCUGUCAUUCAUCGCUAAAAAACAAUUUUCUCCAAUGUCUGAUAUGGAAUAGUUCGUAUGGCAAUAGAUUUUAAUUUUCAUAUGCAAGUGAAAAUUAUUAUGAUAUAAAAGACAGCGUUGGACUAUCUCGAUGUUAAACGGUUAUUAAUAACUUUAAUGAGUCGUUAAAUGCAACAUUAUUGUUAAAAUGUCUAAGAAGUUUCAGAUUAUGAAUUUUUUACUGUUAAAAUAUAUUUUGCACCAAUUUAAGUUGUCAGUAAAAGUAUAUUAUAAUGAAUGAUGUUUAAAAAUAAAACAUUAAACGCUUUUUAAUAGCGCAGAACUAAAAAUGUAUACAACGUUACAUUUAGAUAAACCAACUCAUUAAUUUUUUUAAUUUUAAAUUCAAUCUCACAUUUUCAUAUUGAUUUUGUUAUCUAUUUUUUAAAACAUUUGUAGAAAUAAUAGAUAAUUCGUUUAUUUAAAUAAAUAUUAUACACUGACAGAUUAAAAAAAAAUAUUACCAUGUUAUUGUUGUAUAUAAAAUAAAAUACAAUCGUUGUAAGUAUUAAAUAAUGUACACGCUGUAUACAACAAGAAAUUGUUGUUUCUAAGUAAUCAUAUUAUGCAAAACACAAAAUAAUACAAUAAUACUUCUUGUGAAUAUGAUAUAGGUAGACAGAUAUAGCUGUAAUAUUUAUGUGCACUAUCCACAAACAAUUUAUAUAACAGGUUUUAUGCAGAUUUUAUUGUUUCAUUUUUCCGUACAAAUCAAGCUUACAUUUUAAACGGUACCUUCGAUAAAAAUUAAAAACGUUAAAUAUUUAUAAAAUUAUAAAUCACUGCUUAAAUUCUAUAACGUGGAAUUUAAUUUAUAAAUUUUUCACUAAACGUACAGCAAUAUUUUCACAAUAAAAUACAUCGGUUUAAGCGACCUCAAUAAAUAUUACAAUUUUACACUCGUAAUAAAUAUGUGUUAAUAAAAAAAAAAGAAUUUUCUAAAAUAUUAACAUGGGUUUCUGAUAUUUUUAUUUUUUUUUAUUUUAUUGGCUACUAAUUUCAAGUCCAAAUUACAUCUUCUUCCGUUUUCAUUUUUUUAAAUUUAUAUCAAAAACACACACAUCUUGGAAAGGAUAACUAUUUAUUUAUAAAUGGUUCCCCAUUCCCCACUAUUUUGGAUUAAAAAGCAUGAAACUUGUGCAAUUUGUAUUUUAAUAUAACUUUGAUGUACCCACUUAUUUUAAUAAUUUAAUUUCUUUUUACACAAACUUGUAUACAGAAUUAAAACGCAGAUAUCCUCAUUAAGAGGUUUCAAAAAAGUAUUGAUUUAAAGACAUAAUUUACGUACAAGUUUGACCCAAAUUUGUACAACAUUGAGCUAUUAUAGUGAUUAUAAAUAUUUUAAGACCCUCUUAUACGAGAGCAACGUUUUUGUUAUUAUUAUUAUUAUUAUUAUUUAGAACGAAAUACAUCUGAACGUACUUUUAAUGUCGAAAUUAUAAAUUUAUAAUAUGAAUAAAAAAAAAGUAAAAAGUACGUUUCGCAUAAUAGUAUUAUUACAAUGACAAGCUUGUAUUGACGCGUAAUUCGACCUAAUAUAACGAUAUCAACGAUAGCAACGGCCAGAUAUCUAUUUAAAAAUAAAAUAUUAUUAUUGAUACUAUAAAUGUUAUGAUUAAUUCACAAAAUUGUAUAAUCAUUAAUAAUUAUAUAGUGUGUACUAUCAUGACUAUAACAUGUAUAGUAAUAUAGGAUGCUACUAGUUGAAAUAGGUAAAACUAUGGUAAUUGUGUAUGUUGUUCGUUCGAUGGAUUUGCAUAUUAAAAUAUACAGCACUGGGUUAAUGAUAAUCAAUUGAAAUCAGUGUUUUAAAAAAAAGGAUACAUCACAACCGUUUUUCAUAUGAUUUUAUGCUCACGAACAGAUCUGACCUUCAAACUAGUUUCACAUAAUGUAGUAUCAACUAAAUUUUAAGUCAUAUUAAAAUAUAUUUUAAAAACGUCUACAAGAUCUAUACAGUUAAAACAGUUUAUUCUAUAUAGUUUUUUUUUUGCAGAGUAGGUCAUAUGGCAAAAAGAUACUCUAUAGGUCAGUAAGACUUAUAGAACACGUUCGUUAACCCCUAUAUUAUUGUUGUAGGUAGGCGUCGCUUUUUCCUUAUUUUUUUUUUUAAAAA